AUGGAAAGACAGUUAUUUCGAGCCGCGUGUUUGACCCUGAUCUUGGGCACCGUCCUGUCGUGCGUCGCUUCUGACACAACUGGACUGGAGACUGAGGCUGAUUUCAAAACCACCAUCCCGAAAGAAGGGCUCCAGAGGGACCUAGAGCAAGUCUUCUCGCUUGGACCAUCCAGCACUCUGCAGGUUAUCGACGAAACCGGGAAAGCCGUCUAUCUUCCCGAACCCAGCCAAAGUGUUGAUGGGGCGUCGUCGGGCCCGUACAGUGCCGCGUAUCGAUUUGAUAACGGAGCGUGUGAUUUCAGCAAGACAAUCGAGUUCAAGGAUGCAUUUCCUGGGUACACAAAGCCACUAUGGGUUCACGAGGAGUCGGAUUCGGUGGAGAGUGGGAAGGUAUCCGUGAGAGGGCCUGUGAGGUACACGUUUACGAAUCCUCCGGCGGAAUAUCUGGGUGGGGGUUUGAGUUUUUGUGUACGGUUCAAGACGGUGAUGGCCGCCGGUUCGGAUGCAGAAACCAGCACAUCGACCACGGCGACAUCUUCUGCAGAUUCUUCAAGUGAGCCGCCACAGGCCACUCCCUCGCCAGAGCAGCAGGGGUCUCAGCAAGGUAGUAAUCAAAGCGGGACUGAAGGAGAUAGUUCCGGGGGUGGUGGCGGUGGUGGUAGCGGUGCUGGAAAGCCUGGGUCGGCGGGCCGCGUGGAUGGUCGACACGGUGAGAAAGGACCCCGUAAAGAGCCAACCGACCCUGAUGAAAAGGUCGACGUUGAAAGACUUCCUUCUGAGCUCAAAGGUGCUCAAAAUCUGCGGCACGGUGGGGGAUCACAGCCAGAGAGUGGUGCCCCUAAAGCAAACGAGAACCCUGCAGCAACCCCAGCUCCCUUCUCCACUGAGGAGACAUCAGGAGACAAAGUGCAGUCUCCUACGUCAGCACCUACCGAAACAUCAACUCCAACUAUUGAUGUCUCAGUGCCGGAGGAUGGCCAAGUCACAGGAGACGCAAACGCACGCGCGGAUGGCCAGGAGGGCAGUGUUAGCGAAAAGAGCGGCACUCUUUCGAGGCGCCUCAGUGAGACUAAUGCAGGGAAAGAGGCGUACUUGACCAUCCUAGUUCACUCGGCGUCGUGGGACUUUGCAAAUGGAUUGAGUGCAACAUCAGUUUUUCUUCUCGCUGCAGCAGCUACGCUGUUGCCGAUUGCCUAA